AUGCCGCUGGAGGCGCAGGACGCGCUGUACGUGGCGCUGGAGCUGGCCAUCGCCGCGCUGUCGGUGGCGGGCAACGUGCUGGUGUGCGCCGCGGUGGGCACGUCGAGCGCGCUGCAGACGCCCACCAACUACUUCCUGGUGUCCCUGGCGGCGGCCGACGUGGCCGUGGGGCUGUUCGCCAUCCCCUUUGCCAUCACCAUCAGCCUGGGCUUCUGCACCGACUUCCACAGCUGCCUCUUCCUCGCCUGCUUCGUGCUGGUGCUCACGCAGAGCUCCAUCUUCAGCCUCCUGGCCGUGGCCGUCGACAGGUACCUGGCCAUCCGCGUCCCGCUCAGGUAUAAGAGUUUGGUCACUGGGACUCGAGCGAGAGGAGUCAUUGCUGUCCUCUGGAUCCUUGCCUUUGGCAUUGGACUGACUCCAUUCCUGGGGUGGAACAGUAAGGACAGUGCCACCAACUGCACGGAGCCCUGGGAUGGAACCACGAAUGAAAGCUGUUGCCUCGUGAAGUGUCUGUUUGAGAAUGUGGUCCCCAUGAGCUACAUGGUGUAUUUCAACUUCUUUGGGUGCGUCCUGCCCCCACUGCUUAUAAUGCUGGUGAUCUACAUCAAGAUCUUCAUGGUGGCCUGCAAGCAGCUUCAGCGCACUGAGCUGGUGGACCACUCCAGGACCGUCAUCCAGCGGGAGAUCCACGCAGCCAAGUCCCUGGCCAUGAUUGUUGGGAUUUUUGCUCUGUGCUGGCUGCCAGUACAUGCCAUCAACUGUGUCACCCUUUUUCAGCCAGCUCGGGCUAAGGACAAACCCAAGUGGGCAAUGAACAUGGCCAUUCUCCUGUCACAUGCCAACUCAGUUGUCAAUCCCAUUGUCUAUGCCUAUCGGAACCGAGACUUCCGCUAUACUUUUCACAAAAUCAUCUCCAGGUAUGUUCUCUGCCAGACAGAUGUCCUCAAGAGUGGGAAUGGGCAGGCAGGGACACAGUCUGCCCUUGAUGUGGGCCUAUGA